CUCGAAGCACCAGCCACCAUGCACGGCAAGAUCAUCUUCUACGAGGACAAGAACUUCCAGGGUCGCUCCUAUGAGACCAGCAGCGACUGUGCGGACAUGUCGUCCCACCUGAGCAGGUGUCACUCCUGCAGGGUGGAGAGCGGCUGCUUCAUGGUCUACGACCGUCCCAACUACAUGGGUCAGCAGUACUUCCUGAGGAGGGGCGAGUACUCCGACUACCAGCGCAUGAUGGGUUUCGGCGAUUGCGUCAGGUCCUGUCGUAUGAUCCCGAUGCACAAAGGCUCCUACAGAAUAAGGCUCUACGAGAUGGAGAACUUCGGAGGCCAGAAGAACGAGAUGCAGGAGGACUGCGACAACAUCCAGGAUCGUUACCGCAUGUCCGACUGCCAGUCCUGCAACGUGAUGGACGGCCACUGGCUGAUGUACGAGCAGCCGCGCUACAAAGGCAGGAUGAUGUACCUGAGGCCCGGAGAGUACAAGAGCUUCAGGGACAUGGGAUACGAUGGAAUGAAAUUCAGCUCCAUCCGACGCAUCAAUGACUCCUGUUAA